GUCGCGAGAUGGUGAGGUAGAUGGAUAUUCUCCAACCCAAUAUGGCUCCUCAAUUCAGUCACGCUAAGUCCUCCACACCCAUCCCCCCUAUUGCGAGUGUAUAUGUAUUUUUGUUAAAUAGUUUUUUUUUCACUUCUCUCCAACCUAAGCCCCGAGAGUCGUUUGGUGGAGUUGUCAAGGAUACUCCAGUGGCAAAACACUAGGAUAUAGUUACUUUAGCAACACAUCGCCAAACAAUUCUUCUGGCACCCGCGAUUCUCACCAAACGCCCGAGGGCUUCAUUUGGCCCUCUCGACUGUACCAGGGCACUCCGUGAACGGACUCACGACAGAGUUCGCCAAUUUAUUCCACAAAGAACUCCUUCAAUCGCAUUUGAAGUUCUUUGCUUGAGAACGUGGUUUCUUUUUUAUUCCAAAAUUGUUUUUUAUUUUUCUUUGUGAAACUAUGAGGAUUUUUCUUACCCUCAUUUUUCUUAUUAAAGAUUAUCAUUAUCGUGAAAUUAGAGACCAAAAAAAGAGGUGAUUUCUAUCAAUAAUUCAAAUGGGACAAAACAGUGUUUGAAUUAGGGGGUAGUUUUCCGUGUGGGCGAUAUUGGGAGAAAUCAAUUGCAGGCCUGCUGAUAAAUGGCGCCGCAAAACUCAACAUUAUUACACGAAAACGUCGUUGAUUCAGCCUCAGACUUGAGUCGCUACAGUCCAAUUUUACCCCAUGGCCGGCCAAAAGAAAGUCCAUUGAGGAGAAAAUCAAUAUGCACCUCAACUACAGCCAUUCAGCCGGAUGCCGACGAUGAGAUUCCCAUUUGGAUAUGCGGUGAACCAAGAUACAUUUCCGGCAUCAAUGAAGCCACAACUUGUCGAGAUUUGAUUGAAGCCCUAAUUGCAGACGAACUCAAAAACACCCCCAAUGAUGUCGCAGCGUCGCGUGAUUUUAAUGAUUACGUGAUAACGGAAAAAUGGCGCUCUGCGGAACAACCAUUAUCGUCCGAUACGUUGAUUCUACCCUUAUGGCAGGCAUGGGGUGAGGCGAGAAAUGAGGUUAAAUUCAGACUGAAAAUUGCCAAACGAACUGAAGAUAGAACAUCGAAGAAACAACAAAAAUACAAAAGACUGAAGAAACUAGUUGGAAGAGUGCUCAAGCAAGGGAAAAUCAUCCAGGAACAUCUUGAAGCCUUUGAUGAGAAAAAGGAAAAUGGGAAGAAGAUUCUUCUGGAUACUUUCCUAGAAGACACUUCCAAAGCUCUAGCAGAGAACAAAGUUGGAGAAGAAUGCGAUGAUUUGGACAGUGGAGUUCAUUCUGUUGGCAACAAAAUUGAUUCUUUUGGAAAAUCUCCAGCAAAGAAACUCUCAGACUUUUCCAUUCCUCCAGAAUUUAAGAGAGCUUCCCUGCAAUUCCAUACGAUUCGCAAGGAAAUUGUGGCCAAGAUGUACGAUCUCAAAGUUCUUUUGCAUCGCGAAGAGGAACUUAUUGAUCACUUAGAAGUGAAAAAUCGCGAAUACAGACGCCAAAAUGAAAUUUACAGCAAUCCAAUUCCUCAAUCCCAAAAUCACAUUGAUAAUGUCCAGAAGAAUUUGCAGAAAUACACUGAAGAGAUUGUCCGAGGGGAAGAUGAACUGUUCAAAACAAAGCUAGAGAUUCAAGAGACACAUUCAAUCAUUGAAGAUCUGAGAAGUAUGAUGAUUGACAGUGAUGUUGUCAGUGGUUUUGGGGAAGAUGAGUUCAAAAAAUUAUUCAUUGAGCAAACAUUUGUCGACAAUAUCAGUGAAUUUUGUGAUAAUAACGAUACAAUAGUUGUUUGAAAAACAUAAUAUUUGUAUGAACUUUUCUACCAAGAGAAAUAAAACCUUUUUGGCAUUUUUACUUGAUUAGCUGAAA